AUGUUGUGCUCACAUCAACAAAAUAAAUGGAAAGAGAAAAUUAAGGUUUGAUUACUUUUUGAAUUAAAAUAUCUAAAACUUCGUUUUAUCUGAUUUUUUAAUGAAAAAAUAAUAAUUUUUCGAUGUAAAAAAUUUAAAAAAACAUUGUUGCGGUUGUGAAAUUUUUGGAUGAGUGGGCAAUGAAAAAUCGAGUUUCAAAUCGAUAAAAUCUGAGAUUUGUUAGCUUUUGUUAGCCAAGUUUAUUUUCUCUAGAUAUCGAUUUAUUUCAUUAUUAUUUUUGAAUAAAAAUGGCGAUUCUACAGGUAAUUUUGAUAGUUUUUCAAAAAUUCCAAAUUUUUCAGUAUUGUCAAAUGAGAUUUUUUUUAAAUUGAAAGAUAGCUGAAUUCAUGAUAAUUUCUAAAAAAAAUAACAGAUUUUUUUAGAAACACAUUCGACAAAUUCGACAAUGCGCCUCAAAAUCAACUAUCGAAAAUAGAUCAAAUUGUUAUGUUUUAUUAUUUUUAUCCCUAUUAAUUUUAUAUUUUUUCUACAAAGUUCAAUACAAAACGGGAAUCGAUUUGAUUCCAAUUUUUCCGAUUGAUGAUAGUGGAUUUGAGUGAGUUCUGAGGGUAUUUGGUGGUGUUUUGGGGAGAAAACAUUUUUUUAAAUAAAAAAAACUUUUUACACAAAAUUUAGGUACAAAACAUUUUGAAAUUAAAAAUCAAACUUUUUUGAAUCUCUUGAUUUGAUGCUUUUGUGAAUUUUCUGAUUCACAGGAGUCUAAAUAUUCUAAAAACUCAGCAUUUAGAUCACAAAUAUUUAAAAAGAUUAUUUAGUUUGAUUCAAAAUUCUAGGAAAGUUAUGUUCAUUGUUGAUUAUUCAUUCAAAUGGUUUUUUUUUAAAUCAGUCCCCCUUUUCUCAAUAAUUUCCACCUCGAAAAAUCCAAUGUUUUUCAGACUUUACAACGAACAACUUCUGAAAAAUGUGAGAUUAUCCGAAUCGGCAAAACAACAACCAAAAUCCGGCAAACUUUUAUGUUGGGCGAUGACAACAUCGAUUUACCAUAAAACUAGGGUAUUUAGAUAUCUUGCCCCCAAAAUCUUUUUUAUUUCUUUUUAAUUGUUUUUUAGGUUCCGGCUAUCUCAGAAACAUGGUUGAAACGAUGUGAUGCUGGUCAUAUUUUCACAAAUUCCGAAAGAUUUUUGAAUGAUUCAACGCCUUCUCACACAGUUUUUGAGGGACUUCCAGAAAGUUAUUAUAAACUUUUUUGGAAGACAAGGCUAGCACUUUUAUAUGUUUAUAAAUAUGUGUCGAAGGAUUUUGAUUGGUAUUUUAAAGGGGAUGAUGAUACGUAUUUGAUUGUUGAAAAUUUACAAAAAUAUUUGGCAACUUUGGAUCCAAGAAAACCAUAUUUUAUUGGAUAUCGAUUGAGUAGAAGAACGGUAAUUUUGGAAGGGAAAAAAUGACAGAAAGACCCUUAAAAUAUGGGAUUUUCUAGGAAAAAAGUGUUAUUUUGCUAUAUCUCAUAGGAGUUUCUUUGUUUUUCUGUAGAUCAAACAUUCAAGGUGAAAAUUGAUUUUUUCGAGAAAAUAAAUUAUUCCAAGGUCUAUAUUUUUUGAAUGUGAAACAAUAAAGAUUUUCUGUAGAUCCUAUCUUCUCGCUUCAAAAUCUGAAGUUACCUGGACGAGAACUAGACAUUUUUUAGAAAAUAAAUUUAUUGCGUCACAUAAAUGAGAACUUUUGGUCCAAAAUUGAAUAUUUGAAUCUGACAUCAUUAACAAAAUCUGUCGAGAACCAUAAAAAUUCAAUUUUCACAAGUCAUAUUUUCAAAAAUGCAUUGUUUUAUUUGCAGAGCACUGGCUACAAUGCGGGUGGAAGUGGAUAUGUGAUGAGUAGAGAGGCAAUGCGAAUAUUUUCCGAAAAACUAUUCCACGACAAAAUUGCCUGUCCUUAUCAUGAAUGGGAGGAUUUUGCGAUUGCCAGGUAAUUAGUUCAUUUUUUAUUUUAAAAAAAUGCCCAAAUUAAUAGAUGUUUGGCAUCGGUUGGGAUUUUACCACUAGAUUCUCGAGAUGAACAAGGUCGACAGCGAUUUUUGCCGUGGAGGCCUGAACAACAUUUCUAUGCUGAUUUGACUAAAUCGUUUCAGAUGGAUCCUAUUAAAGUUUGGGUGAGUCAGUGAUUGGAAGUUUCUGGGAAUCGAAGUUUUAUGAUUUUUAGGCCUGAUGAGCUUUUUUGAAGUUACUCAUUUUGAUCACGAUCAUUUAUUCUUAAAUGUGUCAAAUUGUAAUUUUCAAAAAUCAGGUUUCACUCGAUAUAUUAAUAAUAUUUAUUCAAUUUAUCUAUUCCUCAUCUCGAUAUUGAAAAAUCAAUUAAUUUCAAUAAUUUCAAUCAAAUAUUAUUUAGAUAUAAAUCUAUUUUAUUUCCAGGGUCAAUGAACCUAACUUCAAUAUUCAGCCCAAAAAAGCAGAAAAAAUAUAUAAAAACAUCUCAAAACUAGUUUCCAACUGAUUAUCUGCCAAAAACAUCCGUUUCAAGAAUAACCUAAUUAAUUAAUUAAAUUAUGAUGAUUUUUCAGGGUCCAUCAAUCUACCACGAGAAUCUAAUAAGUAUGCAUCAUUUAUAUCCCGAUGAAAUUCGAUUUAUUGACGGGUUACUGUACUCUAUAGCCAAAGGAAUAUGGAUCAAUAAUUCCGAAACCUCAAAUUCCUAUAUAACCUCAAAUGAAACGUCACCGAUUCAUUUGAGUAGUACGGUAGCCACAUCAAUGGAUGAUACAUUACCACCACCGACAAUUCGGAUAUAG